AUUUUGAAGUUCCCCCGGUUUCAGUAAUAUACAAAAUUUAAAUUAAAUAGAUAAAUUAAAGAACAUAGCCUUUGCGAAAUUUACUUUGUAUUGCUUUUUCUUUUUUUCUCUCAUCAUUGAGAUGUUUUUUUUUUCCUUUUUUGCUUUCCAUUUGUGGGCUAGCACACAAAAUACAAGCUGAUUUAAGAUUUAUAACCAUAAUUAUUAUUAUUUUAUACAUUUUUUGACACAGAAGACACAUAUAUUUGUCAGUAUGUAAACAUUGGAGACACUUUAUUAUCAGUGUUUUGGUGUGAUUAUUCUGGAUUAUAUGUAUUUUAUGUGUUAACUUUUGUGUUUUUUGGUACUGUUCUGUUUAUACCUGCUCCUCUGCAAAUUAGCUGUUAGCUAGAUGGUCUUUGGACAUGGCAUCGGCUUCAUUGGAAAUUGUAACUGUUCUUUUUUUCAUUCUGUCCCUUUUAAAUAAUAUUUUUUAAGUUUGAAUUUUUAUUUUUUUUACAAACAAUGCUAUCCAAAGUGAAAUUAUUGUUAUUAGUAAAUGUAAAAUAAUUCAGGGUGUAUUUUAUUUGAUAUUAAAUGAAAAAAUAACGCUUUUAAUGGUCAGUAAUAAUAAUAAUUUCAGAUUUUGUUAAUUUUUGCUGUUAUGUAUAUUGUUGUUACAUCUUCUUCUUCGUCACCUUUCGGCUGUUGUUACAUCAAAUACCGUAACUUUGUUUUAAAUAAAUAAAUAUACUGAGUUGGCUCCCUUUCCAUCUGACUGAGGUGCAUGAAGUAAAUGUUCGGUCGAUAUUUCAGAUGGAAGUUCUAGUUUCAGUUUUUCUGUCCGGUCCUUGAACGCACCGUUUAGGUGUCCUUCCAGCUGCCUGCAGGAAGCCGUCCAUGUCCCAACCAUCCGCCGCGCCGCUUCUGCCCUUCAAAGCUGGACUUUCUCCUCGUCUCCGGGUCGCGGCGCGAGUCCCGCGCUGCCUUUUCAUGCCGUUUCUCCGUUAAAUCUGCUCGGCGGUCUCCGUUCACCGGCAGCGAUGCAGGAGCGACGCGUUCUGUCGAUCCAGAGUCACGUCGUCAGGGGAUACGUGGGGAAUAAGUCUGCGGUUUUCCCGCUGCAGGUGCUGGGCUUUGAGGUGGACUCCAUCAACUCGGUGCAGUUCUCCAACCACACAGGUUACGCCCACUGGAAGGGACAAGUGCUGACCGCGGAGGAGCUGAACGUUUUAUACGAGGGCAUCAAGCUCAACAACGUUCACCACUAUGACUACAUCCUCACUGGGUACAGCAGGGACACGUCCUUCCUGGAGACGGUGGUGGACAUCAUCAAGGAGCUGAAGAAGGCCAAUCCAGGCCUGGUGUACGUUUGUGACCCUGUUCUGGGAGACCAAGGUGCAAUGUACGUUCCCGAGAACCUGCUGCCAGUUUACAAGAACAAGGUAGUGCCUUUGGCAGACAUCCUCACCCCCAACCAGUUUGAAGCCGAGCUGUUAACCGGAAGAACGAUAAGGACGGCCGCUGAUGCGGUCCAGGUGAUGGACCUGCUGCAUGACAUGGGUCCAGAGACGGUGGUCCUCACCAGCACCGACCUGCUGUCCAAGCAUGGAGACCAGUUCCUGGUGGCUCUGGGGAGCCAGAAAAUCAAGAAGGCGGACGGGACGCGCGUCAGCCAGAAGAUCUGGAUGGACAUCCCGAAGGUGGACGCGGUGUUUGUGGGGACAGGAGACCUGUUCGCUGCCAUGCUGCUGGCGUGGACCCACCACCACCCCGCGGACCUGAAGACGGCCUGUGAGAAGACGGCGUCCGUCAUGCACCACGUCAUUCAGAGGACCAUCGCCUACGCCAACGAGAUGGCCGGUCCUGGAAAGAGGCCGAGUCCGGCCCAGCUGGAGCUGAGGAUGGUCCAGAGCAAGGCCGACAUCGAGAACCCCGCCACCGUGGUCCGGGCGGAGCUCUUGGAGACGUCUGUGCACUGAGGGCGGCCGGCGGUCCAGGCAGACUCUUCAUUUCAACACGGACUCAUGCCUUACAGGACGGACCAGAACCGGCUUUGGACUGGUCGUCAGCCCUGCCGGUACCACUGCCAUCUGUGUCUGUGCGGUUCCCUGUGUGGACCUCAUCUGCAUCAGACCAUCGUGGGUUUGAGGAGGGUGUAAAUGUAUGUUAACGUAGUGAAAGUCUUCUGCAGACCAGAGUCGUGACGUCUGCUGGGGGACGCCGGCGGAGCGCUGAAGCACAUGAGUUUAACUGAGACCAUUAGAGCAGAAACUUCACGAUUUUAAACCGUACGAAUGCAUGUGACCAGUCAUUCUCUUUUAAUCAAAGUUUUAUCCUCAUUUUCGCAAAUGUUUAACAUUUUAUGCAAAUGUUUAAUUUUUACAAAUUGUAAUUCUAAUUUUUGAUGUCAGAGAUGGUCUUCUAAUCAUUUUGUCGGUUGCUCUUUCUUAACGUUCCAGAUGUCUUAGAUUGGCGUCCUAACCAUUUCGGAAUGAGGUAUUUGCACAGAUAAUCUGAAGUAAUAUAUUUCCUGAAGGUAGAUGUUUUAAUUUUUGGAGCGUUGUUUGAUGUGGGAGAGGUUUCCUGCAGCGGGGAGGGCCUUAACGGGAAUCCUGGACACCGUUUCUGAAUGUUCAUGUGCUAACAGCAGAUCCUCACUCGUGGUGUUAGUCAAAGUGCCAAACCUUCAACUGCUGCUCCGUAUGGAGCAGAUAUAUGAAAAGAAAUAAUAAAAUAAUGAUCUUUUAAUCAA